AUGUUGCUUCAAUUCAAGAAUGCUGCAUUCUGCCGUGCAUUAUCUCAAAAUGUUCAGGUCUUACGAUUCCUAAAGACCAGUGUUUCCCAACAAUCUGUCAAAACUCCAAUUCAAGAAUGGGGUUGGGAUUAUCUCUUGCGACAGCGAGCUUUGAAACGACCCAUCAGUCCACACCUUACUGUAUACAAACCACAGGUUACAUGGAUGGUUUCCGGUUUUCAUCGUAUGACAGGAUGUGCUAUGGCUGGCACUUUGUUGAUUGGUGGUGUUGGUUUUGCUCUGCUACCGUUAAACUUCACUACAUUCAUUGAGUUCAUUCGUGGUCUUGGGUUACCAUGGGUUAUAACCGACAUGUUUAAAUUUAUCAUUGCUUAUCCAAUUGUUUUUCAUUCGUUGAACGGUAUUCGAUUCAUUGCAUUUGAUUUGGCUAUCGGGACGGACAUUGCUUCCGUAUAUACAAGCGGUUAUUUGGUUCUUUCGUUAGCGGCACUGAUUACAUUAGCAGUUGUGAUAGCACCUCGACUGAAGAAAGAUUAUGUUGUUGUUGAUAUACCGAAGAUAUGA